ACAAUUCAGUUUGUUGAUGUUAUUCAAGUGACAGUGUUGAUUUUUUUUGAGAUGCGAUAAAACUGUGUUUUCAAAGAAAAAUAUGCAUUUGUACAAUAUUCCUUUAAUUCAGCAAGAUCUGAGACAUGAGGAGGCAAUAAUUCAGACAGCCAAUGCCUUUGAAUAUCUCGAAAAUGUGAUAACAGAUAUAUUUGAUACAAUCAACAAACGGAUUGAUAAGAAUAAUGCCAGGGUAGAGGACAUCAAGCACAGGAUUACAGUGGCUAAUGCUAAAGUGGAGAGUCUCGUGGGUAUCAAGAAGGCAAUAACCAUCUACUCUCCAGCAAAAUAUCCAGCUGGUGACAAGAUUCAGGACAUUGAGGUUACCUUCCCAGAGCAAAAGGAGCCCCGUGUCCGGCUAAAUGAUGACUAUACCGUGGAGAGUAGCUUAGAUCCCGUUAGCCAGAAGCGUCUGCAGGAUAAACUGCAUUUUUAUCAUGUAAGGAAGUUUGUCGAUCGGUCUUCUGAGUCUAUUCCGGAAGGCUUAGGAGCUCCUCCGUAUAACAUGACAUCAAUUAAUUCAUUCCUCCUCUACAACACCACGGAAAAUCCCUAUGAGCACUACAAAAAAGUUGAUCCUUUGAGUGGGACCAUCAGGACGACUUCGUCAUCUACAGCUCUGGAGGAUGAGAGUCAGAAAAUGGAAGCAGCUCCUCUGUCAAUUUCCAACAGAAAUGCCCAGCCCAAGAAAGUUCCCGAUAGCUUCUUCUACACUCCACAAUUCGAUGAGGCACCUGCUCUGGAAGUUCCUGAUGAUUUGCCAGAUCUUCCGGGAAUCGCUGGAGAUAUAACUUUCUCAGAAGGACCAUCAAAAAUUCGAACUGUUGAAGACACAGUAAAAUCAACCCUCCUGCCAACUGAUGAUGAGAUUGACUUGAACAUUUCCAUCCGGAAGGUUGAAAAUGCUCCCAAGGAGACACCUAAAAUGCCUGAUGUACCAUCACCUCCUCCUCCGCCUCCACCACAACCCUUACCUGACCUUCCGAGCACCUCCACGCCGCUGCCCAAAGAGGCACCCGGAGGUAAAUUACCUCCAAUGACAGAUGCAAGGAGCAAUCUGAUGGAGGCUAUUCGUCAGGCUGGAGGCAAAACCAAGCUCAGAGCGGCUGAACAGAAGCCUGCUGGGAAGAGGGAAACUCCUGCCCCAGCAGCUGGUGAUUUAAUGGCUGAUCUUCACAAUAAGCUCUCCAUGAGGCGGAAGGGCAUUUCAGGAGCAAAGGAUGUUUCCGGAAUGAUGGAUAAGAUGUCAGCUCUUAUUCCUCCUCCUCCUAAACCAACUGGUCCACCCACAGACAUCAGUGAAGACGAUGACUGGGAAUAAGGAAACUUCCUGACCAUUUGCUCUGAGGACUUUGCAUAAAUCACAGAUAUCGUAAUUGAAGUAAUAUUUUUUUUUUAAAUUAUAAUUCUGUUCAGAAAAUCAGUGUGAAUUAACAAACUUCGAAUAUUUGAAAAGUAUUUGCAGAUUUGUACCAAAAUAGAGAAUAUAAUAAAAUUUCAAAUUUUUAAAAA